GUCGGCCGCAGCCGUAGCGCCGGGCAGCGUCUCCGCUCCGCUCCCCUCCGCGCCCGCCAUGGCAGCGCUGCCCGGGGCCGCGGCCCCGCGCCUGCUCCUCAUCCCCGGCAAAGCGGCCGAACCCGCCGCCGGCGCCAGCCGCCACCUCAGCGUUGUCCUGCCAGCAGGAGCCGGCUCCCCGGGCCUGGAGGCCCCGCAGCCGGCCCGCAAGCGGCAGCGGCUCACCCACCUCAGCCCGGAGGAGAAGGCGCUGCGCAGGAAACUGAAGAACCGUGUGGCGGCCCAGAGCGCCCGCGACAGGAAGAAGGCGCGGAUGGUGGAGCUGGAGCAGCAGGUGGUGGAGCUGGAGGAGGAGAACCAGAAGCUGCUGCUGGAGAACCGGCUCCUGCGGGAAAAGACGUGUAACCUCGCCCUGGAGAACCAGGAGCUUCGCUGCCGCCUGGGUUUGGAUGCUCUCAAGACCGAGGAGGAGAGCGAGCCCCAGGUGAGCCGGCUCCGCAGCACUCAGACUACGUGUUCCUCUGCAGCAGGUGCAGGCCCAGCCGUCGCCAGUUCUGAUAGCUUCCACAUGGAUUCUGAUGGCAGUGAUUCUUCAGACUCAGAGUCUGAUCUCCUGCUGGGCUUUCUGGACAGUCUGGACCCAGAAAUGUUUCUCAAAUACACUGAUCCAGAGUCAACGUGCCUGGAGAAGCUGGAGGAAGACAUCUGUGGAGAAACAAAUUCCAUACCAGCCUCCUCCUCUCCCUCUCUGGGGUCCUCAUCAGCUAAGCUGGAGGCCAUUAAUGAACUCAUACGGUUUGAUCACGUGUACACAAAGCCCCUGAUACUGGAAAUUCCUGUGAAGAUGGGCGACCAAACCAAUACCAAUAUGUUAGUGAAAAUUGAGGAAGUAUCUCUCUCUCCAUCAGAAGACAAAGCCACCCCUGAGGUCCCAGUGUCUGUGAAGGAGGAACCUGUAGACAGCUUCAUGCCUGAACUGGGCAUCUCCCAUCUGCUCUCCUCUCCCGGCAGCCUUGCAGCCUCGAGCUAUCUGGAUGCCUGUAGUGACUCUGGGUACGAAGGAUCCCCGUCACCCUUCAGUGACAUGUCCUCCCCGCUUGACGCUGACCACGCCUGGGAGGACAGCUUUGCCAAUGAACUCUUUCCCCAGCUCAUCAGUGUCUAACCCAGUAGUGUUAGCUCCCCAGGGACGACUGUCCUGGCCGGAUAACAGGAUAUACCCCUGUGGGGGGUGCGUGGGGUGGGAAAUCAAGUGUAUUCAAAAAAGUGUUGCUCAUUUCAACCCCUGCUUGUAGAUGGAGUGAUGGCCAAUGCCUUCCUCCUGGUAGGAAAAAGCCCAGGGUGUCCUGUCCUCCCCAUGCACCCCCCUGUCAGUGUUGGCUUAUGAGGGAGGAAAAGUUGUUUCACAAUAAUUUGUUUUUCUACAUGAACCUGAAAAUGUUUUGUUUUCCAUUUAAAAGAAUUUUAACACUGAAACCCUGCAGUGGGAUAUUCCCCUAUAAACAACUGGGUUAAAACUAAGCAGUCUGAGAGUCCUACAGAUUCCUGUGUGAAUGCUUGUUUUUCCAUUUGCUAUGUAGAGUUGCUUUCUGCAUUUAAUAUUUAACUGUAUCGGUGCAAUUAAAGUGCAAUGCAGCUCAGUGA